CUGGACACGUUUGGUAUCGGCAGUUUUCAAACGGUCAUCUGAAUCGUUCAAUAUCUACUACUAUUUUUGAAAACGAAAUUUUGUAUUUGAUUUUUUGUGUGAUUUCAAGCAGUCGUAUUUUAAUGUCCGGAAUGAUUUCCUACGAACGAGCAACGAUGUUAAUCCUCGCGGUGACCCUUUUUGUAACGUCAGGUUCCGCCUUACGUUGCUGGGACUGCUCGUCCAACGUAAAUGUCAUGUGCAAUGACCCUAUGAACACCACAGAUCAUCAAGCUGCGUUUCAUAUCAAAACCUGCGAUACGGGCUACUACGGCUCCUCGAAAGCUAUUUGCCGAAAAAUCGUUAAGCAAAAAUAUGGCGAACGAAUUGUCAUACGCCAAUGCUCCACUCCCUAUCACGAUGAGGUCGAGGUUGGUAACGGCUUAUGCGGCAAUUCUGCGACACAGUCAGAACGCGACGUAAUCGAAUCCUGCCACAUUUGUAACACUGAUUUGUGCAAUUCCGCGACAGAUGCGUCUGCGACACGACUGCUUUAUAUCGGCGCGCUGAUAUCCUUUGCCUAUAUUUUCCAACAAUCGAAACAUGGCGUUUUUUAAUCUAACGAGUGAUGAUCAAUAGAUUAUUACAUAUCGAUUUUUAUUAGUUGUGUCAGAGUAGCUAAUGAAAGGAAAGAAAACUUCCGCACAAUAGCUACGAAUACUUAAUAUCGUCAAUUUGUGACUAACAAUUUUUUUUCUCUGCGGACUAAUUAUUUUUCGAUGAUUCUACGAUUUGAAAGACAUAUAAAAAUA